CACAAAAAUGGGCAAAAUAUACGACAAAGAGAAGAACACAGUACAAAGUCGGGUAGCCCACAGAGCAACGUCUACUUUGUGGUCUAUUACGUGGUUUUUCAGCGCUUCCCAUCCUCUUGGAGCUGAAAAUUGCUGUUGCGAAGUCUGAGCACCACUGUCACUCAUUUUGGGGCAGGCUGUAUCUCGACACCUCAGCGAGAUUAUUUUCCAGAAACCUAACUGGAGUAAAUAUGUUCACAACCGGCCGACAGAAUUUCACGACAGACACAUUCACUGGUAUUUUUAAUCAGUCGCAGCAACAAAAGAUACACUGAAAAGAAAUUCCAGGUCCCAGCCUAUGCCGAAAUACUUCCUCUAUAUUGCUGUUCCUCCUCUACUACUUUCCUCCUGCUCAGAUCCUGCUCGUGUUCCCUGAUGCUCUUUUGGUUACUGAUUUUCACUUUUGAAGUACACACGACUUUGUGUAGAUGGAGCUGAUCACGCUACAAAGACAGGCAAUGCCAAAUUCAACCAACAGACUUACGGCCUUUCCAAUCUAGAAUCUUACCGCGGUAUAUUCGCUUUAGAGAAUUUGCAAACACAAUGGAGGUCGUCUAAUCAACAAAAUAAAAUUAAUGUAAUUUGUUUUCAAUACAAGCCAAUCAAUAAUUUAUUCUGUUUUGAAAUUGCGACCUAAAUAGUGCAAGGCUUUCUCUCAUACGUGGCUUUCUUCAAUACGUGGCAAUUUUGUGACAUACUUUUUUGAGAAAUCGAAAUGCAGUACAUUGCAAUUCUUGCUGUUUGCUUAAUCUUUCUGGCGUCACUUGCCUUUAUGAUGCAGUUGGGUUUGAAGCAAAUAUUACAUGCCAUAUUUUAUCAAAUAUACUACUAUUUUUUGGGUAGUUCUGCAAUGUUCGAAGAUUUUAUAUAUCGACGGUCAAAUAAAACAGCUCUUCAGAAACUAACAGGAAGAGUGGCUGUUGUGAGUGGUGGAGCCCGUGGAUUAGGAGUAGAAGUUGUUAGAAGUUUAAUGCAAUGUGAUAUCCAUGUUGUUAUUGGUUGUCGAAAUCUGGAAGCUGGUAAAAGAACUGUUCAAGAGAUUCAAGACUCAGGGGUGAAAACUGGCAGUGCUGAAGUAUUGCCUCUUGAUUUGAUGUCUCUUAAGUCUGUGAAAUUGUUUGCUGAGAAAGUUUUGCAGAAAUAUACUGGUAUUAUGUUUGUUCCAUUUAAACUAACUGAAGACUCUUUGGAAUCUCACUUUGCUGUCAACUAUUUGGGCCAUUGCUUUCUCACACAUCUACUGCUCCCUCAUCUGAAGCUGGGGGCUGAAGCCAGCAGAAAGAAUUCUCGUAUUGUAAAUGUAUCUUCCUGUGCAUACUUGGCAGGGAAGAUAAAUUUCGAAGACCUGACAAUGAUGAAGGGAUAUAUUCCUCAAGCUGCUUAUGCCCAGUCCAAGCUUGCUCAAAUAUUAUUUACUAUAAAACUCAACAAAUUACUGGAGAAAUCUGGAAUACCAGUUCAAGUUCAUUCUGUCCAUCCAGGAAUUGUCAAUACAGAUCUUUUCAAUGGCACGUCUCUGAAGAGAGUGGCACCAUUUAUUCCAGCUCUUAUGUUCAAGACACCUUCUCAAGGAGCAUCAUCUGUUGUUCAUGCAGCCAUCUCUGAGGAGUUGGAGGGGACUGGAGGUAAUUAUAUAAGUAACUGUCAUAUUUCGAAGUUGAAAUAUCCUGCUACUGAUGUGGAAGUGCAAGAUAAGUUAUGGAUGAUUAUGCUUAGACUCGCUCGCAUAGAAAAGUUUGGAGGGAUUUAAAUAAUUUAUUUUUAUAUAGUACACUUGCAAGCUUCUGUAAGAGGCCAGUAUUCUUUCUUCAGUAUUGCUGUGGACUUAUGUUCUUCAAGGAAAGACUGAUUUUAAUUUAUUUAAUUUGUUAUUUACCUUGGAUGUAUUUCUGUUAUGUCAUGAUAGUUGUUUUAAUACCUAGAUGCAAUGGGCAUAAAAAUGAAUGUUUCUUAAUAAACUUUUGGUGAAAAAUUGUGUAUAUUAAAAAAUUAAACAAUUUACAUCUGAUUACAAUAUCAUUUCAAAAAGAAAGAGUUAAAUUCUCUGCCCUGUGCAAGUCCACUCACAUACAAUAAAAUAGUUACUGUAGUAUAUUCAAUAUAAACAAUAAAGAGGAAAGUACACAGAACUGAGGUACAAAGCAUUAGUAUCCCAACCUUUAGGAUAUGAUACAACCCAACUUGAAGCCUAGGACAAAAACAAUUUUAAUGAUAAAAUAAUUAUCAAAUCUAUUUCUCGUCUCAUUAAACCACACAAUUGGUUGCAAUAAAUAUUUAAGAUGUUUAAUAAAUGUAAAUAAAUUCAAUAAAUCAGAUCCACGAUUUAUUCUCCACAAAGUCAAAAAAGACGGGAAAUUUUGAUAGUGACUAGAAUUAAACCUUUUGCAAUUCACAAAAAUAUAUUUUUGUGAUUAGACACUGAACUAAUAUACUGAUUAUAAUUAUGUUGAAUUGAUUUUAAGACUCAAAUGUUGGGGUAAAAUCACAAAAGGUUGAGAAGUAUUACUAAAAAUUAUUUGUUACAACACACACUGAAAAUGAUCAUACUUAAAUAAUUAACUAUCUUGCAAGAAAGAAGCUGCAUCUAAUAUGUUUAAAUAAGAAAAGAAAGAUAAAUGGUCAAACUACUUCAUAAACAACACAUCAGCAUAAAUAAUAUUACAGCAUAACACCUUUAAUUUGCUCUCAGAAGAAAAUAAAAGGAUGGUGGAAUCCAAAUUCAAGAAGUCUUGUUCAAAUCAUGUACCAGCCACACAUAAUUAUGAAAAAAGUUAUGUAUAAAUCUAAACAAACGAUUUUCAACUAAUUAACUGUAUUCACAGCAAAAAACAAAACAUUACUGGCAUAGUAAUGUCUUUUUUUUUUUAAUUAUAAAAUUAAAAGCAGAAUAACACUUAUUUAGACCAGAAUUCUAACAUUGUGCCAUUUUAGCAAUCAAACAGUAGACCACUUUUUUGUUUGUUUGUUUUCAUUUUUUUUCAUACCUGGAGCACAACAGAAAAGGUAGCUACAACUUGGCACCAUGCUUACCCAUUAGUUGUGCAAAUACAUUAUCUUUCAAUUACCUGGCAUUCAAUAACUAAAUGUUCCAGCAUGUUAAAGUUUAUUUGAAAAUGCUAUUUACAAAGCUUAUUAAAACAGUUAUUAAAAAGCUGGUAUCUUAAUGAUACAAAUAUAUAAUAGUCCUAGUAUCACAGAAAACAAAAUUACAUACAAAGAGACUAUACAAAUUAUUUUCAGAUGUACACAUGCACUUAUAUGCAAAUAUCAAGGAAAAAAACUACAAAAAAAUAAAAAAAAUACAAUCACAAUAAAUACUUGAGAAUGCUGCAAUAAACAAAAUCUGAGGUCAUUAAACUAAUACACAAUCUGUAAGGAACAGGUAACUAUUUACUGCAGAAUUCUUUCCACCUUAUGAACACUUUUGAAACAUUAAAGAAACCUCUUUUGCUACACAAAAACAUGGAAUGUUUGAAAACAUUUUCUCUUUAAGAAAAAUAAUGUAUUUUGUUAUUUAAACAACAAAUUGGCAAGAUGAUAUUAACAUCUCAAAAUUCUACAAUUAUAUUAUUAAUACAAUAACGCUACUUCAUUCGAUUUCAUGAAGUUGCUAAUUCCAAACGUGAACCUCAGUCAACUCGUGACCAAUCUGCUUGAAGCCCUGGCUAAGCCAGUUUGUCAUAACUGCAUUUCCUAUUAACUUAAUCUCACCUACACCUAAAUAUCUUAAGAUAAAUCACAUAUUAAAAAUAAUAUCUAUAAAGAACAGAGUAAAAUGUUAUUGCACAUUAUUCUUAUACACAAUGCAGCACAUUAAAGACCACACAUCUGCCAGUCUCAGGUGAAUUACAGAUAAAUAGCAAGUGCAUCCAAUAGAUUAUUUUACAAUAUACACAGCAAUACACAUCCCUCUCCAAUAUACAGGUCAGGUAUUAAAAAGUCAUUUUGAAACAUACACAUCAAAAGGAACAAGAAAAAUAGCCUUUUUUAGUUUUGAAACUUGUUUCAUUCUAUAUUGUCUAGUGAGAAUAAGUUAAAUGGUGUAAGAUAUGUAAAAAGAAUCCUUCAAAGAUCUUCUACCAGAAACAACAGUUUU